ACUUCGUGAGUCGUGACAACAAUUUUGCCAUAUUUGGCUUUGACAGUUGACAGUUCGACUUUUUUCUUGCUUCUUCAGUCUGUAGUACUUAGUAGAACUGUAGCUAAUAUCAUCGUCUACUUCGGAAUUUUCAAGAUUGUUAAUUUGUUAUCGUAAAAGUGAAAAGCGUUCCCACUUUUCCAAAAUCUCUCGUUCUUAAAGUUCAUAGAACUGCAGUGUGAUGUCAGCUAUUGAUAAAAACGAACCCAGUAAAGGGAAGCGGCGGUUAUCGUGGAAAGAAAACGGUCUGGAAUGUUUUGCAUUACGUUUCAAUGGGAGGCACCAAAAAAAUUCUUGAAAACAACUAAACAAGAUACUUUUUUCCGUUAUUUGGCCAAAUUUAAAAUUGAAAGUCAAAUGUGUCGUCUGGAGAUAACUUUUAGAUUUAGAGGGGUAAAUAAAAAAAUUCAGUGUGACAUAGAUUUUCUCCGGGAGACAGAUUUCGACGAGGAAGAAAUAGACGAAGACUGUCGUUAUGAUUUUCAACCUAUCGUUGUUUCGAUCGUUAUGAAUCAAGACAAAAAGAGACGUGAUUUGAGUUAUCUUAUUGGCUUCGAUAGUUGGAAUUUCAAUGACUACCACGGCAGCAUUGCUUGCCCAGCUGAAAUACGUUUCACCGACAUUACAUGGGAGACGACAAAUCCAAACGAAUGGAAACCCUUGAGCUGCCUUCUCUGGCUCGAGUUUGAAACCUUCGCUACCAGGAAAAAGAACGCUCUCAAACAAAUAACUGCGUUGUACGUUCAGCAGAAUCAGUGCGAUGUUCAUUUUAAUUUCCAAGACGAUCAACACAUUGGCGGGCAUUCGCACAUACUGGUGGCCAGGAGUCCCGUCUUUGCCGCAAUGUUCCAGCACGAGAUGAAGGAGACGAAGACAGGCCAAGUCAGCAUUCAGGACAUCCAGCCAGGCAUUUUCAAGCAGAUGCUUCACUUCAUUUACUCGGUCCAGCUUUCAGUACCGCUGACUGAAACUACUGCCCAGCGUCUGUUUGAAGCCGCCGACAAAUACGACAUUGGUGAUUUGAAGGAUGAGUGUGUCGAUUUUCUACUAGACCGCAUCCGCGUGAACAACGUGAUCAAUUUGAUGGCCUGGGCACAUAUUCAUUCAGUGAAAGAGCUAAAAGAAGCAACUCUUACCUUCACCUCGCUCCAUGGGAAAGAAAUUUCAAAACAAAGAGACUGGGAGAACCUGACGAAAAAUUACCCUGAAGUCUGUCCAGAGGCCACUCGACGCAUUAUUGAUCGAAUGGUACUGUCUUCUGAAAGCAAUGUCACUGCCAAUUCGAACCGAAAAUAAUGGAAGAUGAAUUCCUGUUCCCGUAGUUGAACACAUCUCUAUGAUAAUGUUGAAUUGGAGUUGAUCUUCUGGAUGAAGAAUAUUCCUAGCAAGUUUUUUUUUUUUUUUUAUAAAAUUUAUUUCGUCUACCAAUAAAUUGUUGGAAAAGGAAUCUGUUGUAUGGGUAAAAUUUUAAAAACAAUGUUCAUCAUGUUGUCUACUUUUCAUACACUACAGCACAUCAUUUUUGCGAGGAGUUUAAGUCUACCAUCAUACGCCCAAGAGUCGAAUUCCAUAAACUUCGUAUACUCUUACAAUUUAGACAGUAAAAAAAAGUCCUAUAAUCUAUUCUUUUUAGAAUUUUACCCUUGGUAAGGAAGGAUUAUUUGGAUUAGCUGAUGUCGAACAAAGUUUAUUCAUAUUUAUAAUGUUGGUGUGGCUAACAACCACAAGGGAAUACAAAUGUCGACAUACGGCUCAA